AUGUUCCCUAAGCAGCCAGGUGGGUCCCUCCACAGCCACCCCAAGCAGGAGCCAAUGGCCAGGUGCCCGAUGGAUUCCUCUUUCCUAGGUGCAUGCUUUGUCCUCCGUGGAGACUCGGGGUGCUUGGAAAGGAAGUGCAGGGGCUCCUGCUGGAGGGCUCUGGGCUCUGGGAUGGCCACAGCUGUCCUUCCCAGCUGCUGGCUCCUGUUUCUCUUUCUGGGACUGCUGGCAGCUGGCUCCUGUGUUGGCUCAGUUGAGUCGGAGAGACACGGAAGUAGACGGGGUCCGGAGAAGCAAUCUCAGUGGAAUGACUUUCCCAUGGAGCAAGGGGUGAGCAGCAGCCCUCUGCCAGCCUCUAAUGACUUGGAAGCCCCUGUCACCGAGAAGCCCCGAAGCAUCGACCCCAGGGACGCCUGGAUGCUCUUUGUCAGACAGUCCAACAAAGGGGUCAAUGGCAAAAAAAGGAACACUGGGAGAUCCAAAAAGUACAAGCUUGGGCUCCCAGGGCCUCCUGGACCCCCUGGCCCUCAGGGCCCCCCAGGGCCUUUCAUCUCACCUGAGGAUUUAUUGAAGGAAUUCCAGCUGCUGGUGAAAGGGGCAGUGAAGCAUCGGGAGAAGAUGGGCCUGAAGCCUUGUGGGGACUGUGGGGGUGGGGAUGAGGAGGAGGAGAGCUUGGCCGAGGCCGGGGCAGAAGAGGAGGAUGUCCUGACUCUGGUAACUGGGUCUCUGGCAGACAGCCACAGACCUCACCGAGUGGAGGCCGCCUUCCACUGCCGGCUGCGAAAGAACAUGUCCAUUGAGCGGCGAUCCCUCCAGGAGCUGCAGCAGUAUUACCUGCCUGGAAAAGAGGGAUCAUUUCACCGAGGCCUGGGGCUGAAUCUCACCAGUGGCCAGUACACAGCCCCCAUCACUGGGUUCUACACCUUUGCUGCUACUCUGUACAUUGUGCACGGUGGGGACCAUCAGAAGAAGGGGCAGCCUCGGUCCCGGGACCGCCUGCGGGUGCUGAUCUGCAUCCAGUCUCUGUGCCAGCGUAAUGUAUCUCUGGAGGCCAUCACUGGACUGGAGAACAGCAGUGAGCUCUUCACCAUGUCUGUGAAUGGAAUCCUGUACCUACAGGCCGGCCAGUACGCCUCUGUCUUCAUAGACAACGCCACUGGAUCAUCUCUCACCAUCCGCAGUGGCUCGGAUUUCAGUUCCGUUUUCUUAGGGGUAUGAAUUCCUCCGUCUCUUCAGUGACUUCAUUGUCUUCAUCUC